UCAGACGUUAAGCCCAAUAUUAAUUUAUUUAAUAAUUUAUAGGUAGAUAUUUAAGAAUGCUACGAAAUCUAUCCAAAUAUACUUGCAAGAGCAAUAUAAAAAAUGUAUUUUUUUGUACAUUAGUUAACAAUGAAAACAAUCGAAUGCCGAACAAAUAUGAAACUGUUUUCACAUUUCCAUUUAUAAAAUACAUUGCAAUAUUUAAUAGACUGAAAUUGUACCACUGCGUAGCAGCAGGAGUGGUGAUGCCCAGUUGUGGUGUUCUAGAAAUGUUGCAAGUAUUCUCAGAAAACACAUUUUUCACUGCUGCUUAUCUUGGGAUCACAGUUGGAUCUCUUCUUUCUAUUGCCAGCUUACCAUUCAAGAAUAUAAUUGGAUUUCUUUAUAUUUCUGAUGACAACCGCCACAUAAAAAUUUCUUAUGUAGAUUAUUGGGGCAAAAGGCAAGAUAAAAUAAUUUCUGCCAAUGAUUGGAUUCCAUUAAUGGACAUGGCCCCAAGGAAACUAGAUCCCUUAUAUCUAUCACCACAUUUAAGUGAUGGGACUAAAUACAAGUUGUUUGUUAAAUUUGGAAAAGUUUUGAAUUCUAAGAAAAUGGGAGAAGUUUUAGAAUGACCUUAUGUAUUGGAAUGAGCUGUUUAUUUUAAGCAAUGCAUGUAAAUUUUGUAGAUAUGUAAAAAGAUAGUAUGAAUUUACA